AUGAUCACAACUUUAUUUGUUUUUUUUACGCUUUUGGCUCGUUUGGAUGCCAGUGAGAGAGGAUUCAUUGACAGUCCUUUACCGAUCGGAAACAUAAGUUCCGUCCUACGGUGGGACCAGAACAACAAAAAUGAGAUAAGUGUGGUAAUACCGGAUUUAAAGCAGAUCAUAGAUGUAAUUGUUAAUGGAUGCAUGUCCUUAGAAAAAAACUUGGAGGUGUUAACGAAUGAUUUUGAGUCGGAAAUCGCUGAUGAAAUGGAAAAAAUGCUUUUGACGUUGAAGGAAGAAAUUAUCAAAAUAGUGAAUGGUCAGUAUGAGGCAUUGCAGCUUGAGUUCACGCAGAUCUUCGAUGAUGCAACAAAUUCUAUCAUUAAAUGCAUCGAUAGAGUGUCAAAGUGGGAAUACACCGAAACGGAUAACUUGCUAAAUGAUAAAUGCUGUGAGUUAAAGGCAAACAUAAAAUUUCUCGUCAGGCAUACGAGCAAUAGCGUGAGAGAUGCUGUCCUCAAUUCCAAUCAGAUGGAGGUAGAGAGCGUCGAAACGGUAGUUAGAGCAGAAAAUCAAAAGGUGCGCUCACAGAUCGAACAUAUUUUGAGUGAUCCUCACAACUUCUGCCCUAUUAUACCGCAAAUUGUGUUUCCAGACCCGGCUUAUAUCGCAAGUAUGAUUUCAUCAAAUAAACCGGAAUUGAUGGAGGAGAUAAAAAAAUUGAUCAAAGAAUUCAUGGAGCAGGUAAAGUUGGAAAUAAAUCGGACGGAAGAACUGGAACUGCUCGGCCAGAGAAACAUUAUGGAUCAGGGAGUGACCAUGGUGGUAAAUGCACUCGAAGAAAUUGAAUCUGAAACACUCGAUUUAGUUCAAGGAAAAAUUUGUGGUGUUAUAAACGAGGAGUCUCGUGCGUUAAUAGAGUUGUUGUACAGAAAUUACUCACUGCUUGAAGAAUAUAUAACCAUCAAAACGUCAGAAAUGAAGAAGAGCACAGAAAACAUCAUAGGUAUAAUUACAAAAUUGGAAAUGGAAGCAAUCCAGAAAGAAAUAGCUGAUUAUAACGAAGCAAUAGCAAAGCAGUUCAAAUCAAAGCUAUCAGCACCUUAG